AUGGGUAUCGUCCAGAGAAUCAUCCGCAACGAUGCGGCAAAGACAGACCCAAAAGAAAUCUACAAUUGGCGGGUCUAUUUGCUCUGUGCUAGUGCCUGCUUUGGUGGUAUGCUGUUUGGGAUGGAUACAGGGAUUAUUGGUGGAGUGCUGAAGUUGGACCCAUUUCGCGAAAAGUACGGACUGCCCAAAGCCUCGGAGAACAAAGUUCUCUCGGCAAACCUCGAAGCGAACAUCGUCAGCACACUCCAAGCAGGUUGUUUUCUGGGUGCUCUCCUCGCCAGUCCGGCAGCCGAUAGACUUGGCCGUCGCAGUGGUCUCAUGAUAGCAGCAUGCUUGGCUAUCAUUGGUUCUAUCAUGCAAGCCGCUGCUGAGGGGUACUUUGGUGUUAUGUACACCGGCAGAUUCAUCGCCGGCGUGGGUGUUGGAGGAGCGAGUAUGAUCACACCGCUGUACACCUCCGAGAAUGCACCCAGAGCGAUCCGAGGAGCUCUGACUGGCAUGUACCAAUUCUUCAUCGUGACCGGAGUUUGUAUCGCUUUUUGGAUCAACUACGGAUCGUUACUACACAGCAGUGGCACAGUUCAAUAUGUCGUUCCUCUUGCCCUGCAAGCUCUUCCGGCAAUCAUCUUAUUCUUUGGCAUGCUGAUCAGUAGCGAGACACCUCGCUGGCUUGCCCGUAAAGACCGCUGGGAAGAAGCUGGCCGAGUCCUAGCCCGCAUUCGACAUUUGCCGCUCGAUCAUCCGUACGUCCAGACUGAAAUGAGGGAAAUGGCCGACCAGCUCGAGUGGGAGAGCCGUAUUAUCAGUGGAUCCCGACCCAUUGACCUUAUCAAGGAGAUGUUCACGAUCCCGGGAAAUCGCAAGCGAGCUUUCAUCACCAUCGGCCUCAUGAUCUGCCAGCAGAUGACAGGCACAAAUGCCAUAAACUACUAUGCUCCUCAAAUUUUUUCGAACCUCGGACUUGACGGGACCGAGUCGUCCCUCUUUGCAACCGGCAUAUACGGCCUAUUGAAGAUGGCCGGAUGCGCGGCCUUCCUCAUUCUCGUAGCGGACUCGCUCGGACGCAGGAAAAGUUUGCUAUGGACUUCGAUCGCACAAGGUCUCUGCAUGUUCUACAUCGGCACAUAUAUUCGGAUCGCACCUCCGAAAGCGGGCGCUGAUGUUCCUCCGGCAGGAUAUGCGGCGAUUGUGAUGAUCUAUCUGUUUGCCGUCUUCUUCCAGUUCGGCUGGGGACCGGUGUGCUGGAUCUAUGUGUCUGAGAUUCCGACCGCGAGAUUGCGAGCAAUGAACGUGGCGUUGGGGGCUGCCACGCAGUGGCUCUUCAACUUCGUCGUGGCGAGAGCGACGCCGAAUAUGAUUGCCACGGUCGGGGAGGGCGGCUUCGGUGCAUACUACAUCUAUGGAAGCUUUUGCUUCAGCAUGUUCGUCUUCACAUGGUUCUUCAUUCCAGAAACCAAGGGCAUUAGCCUGGAGAAGAUGGACGAGCUGUUUGGCGUUGUCUCGGGGAAUUCCAAGGAAAUGGACAUCGAGCGAAGCGAUCGCGCGGCGUCCGACGCUGCGGACAACAAGGGAGAGAUCAACAUCUCGCAUGUUGAGAAGCGCUAG